AUGGGUAGCGCAUUCGAUCCAGAUGAUACAAACAAGAGCCCCUAUACCUAUGCACUGCAUGUCGUCUUCACCUCGUUUGUGCGCAUCGCUGAGCGUAAAAUCAAUACAACCUUGGGAAGCCCAACAGACCCAGAGCCAGACAUUAUGCGACUACUCGGUCCUGGCGUUGACCCGGCAUUCGACAAGGUGCUCAAGAGCUUGGGCUAUAUCGCUAGACAAAAUCCAAAGCCAGUCAUUGAUAGUGUCAUGUUUUGGCGCAAGUCUCGCGCAGAGCUCAAAAGCGACUCGCCGCAUCCUACGCAUACAACGAGUCACAGUAUUGGUACCGUGAGUGGUGGAUUGAAUGAUGCAUCGAUGCAAAGAAGGCCAGAACCUCCGCCGACCAGGCCGUCGUUUUCACGGUCUCCGUCGAUGCAGCAACGAGACGAUCCUGCUCGCGAUGCAGCAACCCAGCUGGACCGCAAGAGCCUCGUGUCUAUCUUCAUCCUGUGUCGAUCGCUCAUUGAAAUUGUCAAGCAAAUCAAUGCCGAAUCGCUCGUUGAUGAGGUUGGCGAGAAGCUCGAGGAGAUUGUCUUCAACCAGCUCAAGAAUGCCGAACCAUCAGCCAUACAAGCGUCGCCUCUACGACUCGCAAACUGGAAUCUCUUCGCCGAACUACUCGGCUGCCUAUCUUCUAUUCGCUUUGCUUCCGUCUCCGAUCGUUUCAUCGCAGAUUUGGAAAAGAAUGCUCGCGGUGUCCUCUCAAAGGAUCGCGAAGCUCGCGUCGAGAUGAUUAUCCACGGCAUGAAGCAUCUACACAUUAGCAUCUAUCCCUCACAAAAGCUCGAGGACUCUUCUGAAUUUCUUUUAAGUUUAGCACGCUUCUUUUGCGAUGCACAUGGUUUUCCUGUCAAGCAGGCUUAUGCAGACAUUUUCCAUCGCAUGUUACUGCCGGUCGCUGAUGUGACCACGGCAGAGGUCAAUUAUCCUACGUGGGUCGAAACGCUUCAACUACUCUACCCUCGCGCUGCCAAAAUGCUCGAAAAGAAGCAUUACUGGAAUGCAGCAUUUCCACUCACAUCCACCCUUCUCUGUGUGUCGCCGCGUGAAGUCUUUCUUGAGCGGUGGUUUUCGCUGCUCGAGCAACACUUCUCAAAAGUCAAAGACCGCAGCUGUCGGUACGAAUACGUUCAGUGUCUAGCACAGCUCAUUUGGGUGGCUGUCUUUCGCUGUCCGGAACAGCAAGCACAGUUCACUCGCAAAAUUGACACCCUCUUCAAACUCCUCUUCCCGCCACGACGGCUGCAGCAUCUGGUUGACCUGCCUACCAAACCACUGAUUCAAGCCAUUCGAUUCGUUGCGGUCAAGCAUCAGAGUUUUGCCCUUCUCAAUAUAAUGACGCCGCUGGUCGGUAGUGAUCAGCUGAAUGGGACCGGCCCAGAACUCGAUAUUCUCAAUCCCGAACGCGUUGGCAUUGCUGUUCGAACAUUCCUUUGGAUCCUUGCAGAUUUGGAGAGCGAUGGCGUCAAGCCAUCCUUCCCAGUGGACUUGUCAACUGCAGCACUCAUUGUUCCCGAGAGCACGCAGAUGGCACCGCAAGCUCUCAAUACGCCCCUACUCAGAGACUUCCACGCACUAUUUUCAGCGUAUUUGUGUCGCGUUGCGUCGUUUUGCGAUCAGCAUUUCGGCGGGCAUGUCAUUGUUGAUGAACGACUGUCACCCAUCAACAAGCUACAACUCCAGAAUGGCGAGCACAUCGCAGUCGUCAAUGGUAUUCCACGGGAAAAGCAUCUCUACCAUGAUUUGCUGGCAGCCGUCUUGACUGCAUUGCCGAGAUGUCUUAUUGCACAGAGUCCGGCGAAUCGAACCAUUGAGAUCAUUUGCCGCUCGACUGCGCAUGGCAACAGUCACGUUCGCGCUGCAGCAUAUAAGGCACUCAAGGCACUGGCAGAGACGACCAAAGUGCAAUCGACUGUAGUCAAUUAUGCAAGAUUUAUGCUUAAAGUGGAUGCUCAGAGCGAAUCUCGGACUGAGGAAAGACUCAAAAUCUAUAUUGAGCUGCUUGUUGCGUGGAUUGACAGAAUCAGCCAGCGUGCGCGAGAAGGUGCAUCGCCCAAUAUGCCUCUUUCCCCGUUGUCGCCGGUCGCAUCCAAUGGACCACCAGAGUCUUCUCGAGGCGAAGAACUUGAAAUGAUCAAUAUCUGGACUGUCAUUGAAGAGACUGAGGCGAAUGGCUUCUUCUUUCUUUGCAAUCAGUCUCCGGGAAUUCGCUCCUGUGCAAUCGAGAUCCUCAGGCUCAUCUCGCGCUUUGACCGAGUCAUGGAUGAGCAAGCUGAAGCAAAUAAGUCUCACCUCCGCAAGACAUCAAAGGCAACCAUCCCAGACGAUGGUGCCACCCGCAUUGUUGAUAUUCUGCGCAUGCAAGGGGCACAAAUUCUUGACUCCAUCGUUGAAAAGGCGUCAAUCGCAGAAAAGAGCCGAAUUGGAAAAGUCAAGCAGGAAGUCGCCCAAGAAUGUUUGCUCAAAAUUGCAGAAAGUGACAGCGGUGUUGAUGCUGCUAUUUGGUUCAAGGUCUUUCCCAAGCUCAUUGAUGUGUGCUUCAAGCAGUUCCCCAUCACGGUCGUCCUUUCUCGCAAUGUCAUCUGCAAUCGACUAAUCAAGAUGCAUGGCAAAAUUCUCAAUGCGAUCGAGCGUCUACCUAUAUCUUCGCCAUUUGAGGUUGCACCCAAAGUGAGCUCGCGUCAUGCAGACUCGCCUGAAAGCAUGGUAGAGCAAUGGAAGCUUUUCCUGAUCAUGGCCUGCUCAACUUUGACGCUGACUGAUGAGCAACUACCCACGCACGUCUUGCGCCAUGGUAGGAAACGCUCUGUUCCUGUGGCCACAUUUGAACGCAUCACAUCCGCGCGCUCUGUCUUCCAGAUCGUGCUUCCACUGCUGACUGUUGACUCGACAGCAAUCCGAGAGGCCAUCGUCACUGCGUUGGGUUGCAUCAACAUCAAUCUCUUCAAGACGCUACUCGAAGAUUUGCAGCCCAUGAUGCGAACGCUUAGCAAUGCAACACGCAGCGACAUGAACAAGUUGAAUGGAGCUCGGGACCUCAAGAAAACCGACAGGUUACGCACAGAAGUCACACAUAUUCUCGAGCUGACCUCACAUUUCCUUGACCGGAAAGAAGUCUUGCAAAACGACUGGAUCAUGGAGACGCUUCUCAAUUACUUGCGAGAUAUCAAGUCAUUCUUGAGUGAUGAUGAGAUUCAGGUAGAAUGGGAGUAUCAACGCUUGCGUCGCUACUUUUGCGGACUGCUCGAGGCAAUCUGGAAAGGUCUCUUGCACACGCCAGACCCCUCCCGAUGGCUGCCGUUCGAAGGACGAGUAUCUUGCUUCCGUCUUGUGGAAGAGUGGUGCAACCACGGCCCUCUCGAAAGUGUAUCGCGCGGGCGAGAAGACAUCAUGCGAAAGUCCAUCAUGGACCUCUACCGCGAUGUACGUGAUCGAGGCGCUCUGACUGCUUCUAUGGAAAUUGAGAAGCGCAACGUAGAGCUCGCUUCACUCGAGGCAAUGGCGACGCUGUGUGAAGGACCUCUUGCACAGACCGUCGACGCUGCUGGUGUGCGCAAGACUACGAUGUCUUUUGAGAUUGAUGACCUAUUCUCCUGGAUCGCGGCAAUCUUCAGCAGCUCGUCCGAGCGUCUGCAUAAGAUCGGCCGUCGCGCCUUGUCAAAUCUGCUGACAUUCAAUCACGACUACAGACUUUUGUAUGAAGAGGCCGUUCAUCAAUGCUACACCCAUGAUUUGGAUGGCAAAGCCGCUCAGAGCUACUUUACGGUUGUGUCGGAUGUUUUGACCACCCAGACUGCCAAUCCUUGCAGUUGUUCACAGAUGCUGGCCAUCUGUUUGCUCAAGGCUGGUGAUAAGGAGACUGCAGUCAGGUCUCGCGCUCUCAACCUGCUGCGCACCAUUGAGCUACAAUUCUAUGGUUCGAGUUGUGUUGACAACUUUUCCGCCAUGGUCGUCAACCUCAAUCCAGUUGUGUACAAGCGCGGACAGUACCUGCUGGCGGCGCAGUUGGCAAAGGAGCAUUCAGAUCAGAAAAAUCUCAUCUUUUCUGAGUGCUGCAAGUUCUUUAGGCUGGUCGAUACAACGCUGCAGCGCGAUGUGGUUGCUAUUUUGCUCCCUUGGAUUCAAUCUAUUGAGCUUCAACUCGACAUCAAUGGUGAGCAUCUCAAUGCAGCAAGUUACAUGGUGCUUGUCAAUCUAUUUGAAAUUACGCUGCGCUUCCGUGGCACACUGCUCAAUGAGGUUGAAGGACUUUGGACAGCGCUUGUGUCUGGAUCCUACCCAGGCAAUGUCAAGGCCAUUCUCGACUUUACGAUUGCCCAGAGUGUAUCUCGUCGCGACCCGCUCUUUGUCAAUUGUGGAAAGCAAGUGGUUGUCUAUUUAUCGCGAUCACCUGCCGGUAACAAGCUCAUGGAAGCAUUCCUCAAAUUUCUGCAGCCGCGAUCCAUGAUUCCGCAACUCAGAGAAUCUCCCAAGCCAUCGAUGGAUGAAGAACGCUUUGCAUACGUUGCCAACCUCGACAGCAUCUUUGAAGCAAAACAAAAGCACAUUGUUUUCUCGCUCGGCCAACUCGCGCUUAUCUACAUGGUCGAUUUGCUGGUCCUCCCGUCACCUGAAGUGCUUGCAGAAGUGCCGCUGCUUUUGGUCAUUGUCUUGCUUUUGCUCGACCACUACAUCCCGGUCGUGCAAGAUCAAGCUCGCGAGAUGCUUCUGUAUCUCACAUUCAACGUCUGUGUAGAAGGCAGACCUGAGACUGAGACUACGCGCUCAGCACGCGAAAAGCUCGCUGCGCUGCGCACACGCGACAUCAAGUCGUUCUGGCACUAUGAUGAGCUGACUUUCAAAGAAGGCAAUGCAAGCAAAGUACCACCAUAUAUGACCAAGCUCGUCAACGACAUCUUGUCAAUGUACGAGGAGACCAUCCCAGAUCUGGGCAAUGAGCUUGGUAAGGCUGCUUUGACGUGGGCAACAUCGUGUCCUGUUCGGCACAUGGCCUGCCGAUCGUUUCAAGUCUUCCGAUGCGUAUCUUCGUCCAUGAAUCAGACGAUGCUCGCUGAUAUGCUGGCUCGUUUGUCAAAUACAGUUUCUGAUACAUCAAGCGAGAUUCAAAUCUUCGCCAUGGAGAUCCUACAAACUCUGGGGCAGCUUGUGGAUCGACUACCAGCCGAUGAGCUCAUCCAGCAUCCGCAAAUCUUCUGGUCAACUGUUGCUUGUCUCGACAGCAUCCACGAGCAAGAAUUCGUGCAGGCUCAAUCAAUGCUUCAAGUCUUCAUGUCCAAGAUUGAUCUCAACUUGCCAGAGAAUGCCGCGUUUUUCAUUUCCAAUCUGCCACCAAAGUGGGAGGGCGCGUUUGAAGGACUCUUUUCAUCUUUGCUCAAAGGUCUCCGAUCUGCAAAUUGUAUGCCGUCGACAUUGGCGUUGCUCAAUAGACUUCUUGCAUUUGGUCCGAGCGAGCUUGUCGGCGGCGAUAGCCGGUUGCUGUUUGGCAUCCUCGCCAAUGUCCCGUCAUUUAUGCACGCACUCGGCACUAGCAACAUUGCCCUCAGUGAUGUCCGAGCAGCAGAGACAUUGUCCCGUCUUGCAGCGUCGCAGGGCUUUGAGGCUUGCUCGCGCAUCUUUGACUCGUUUGCAAAAAAGCGUUUUCGCAACACGGACGACCUUUCUAGACAGAUGGUGUCUAUCAUCAGAGAGCAGUUCUUCCCGCAGAUGGAAGCGCCAGUCCUCAUUUUCCUACUCGGUCUUUUGUCCAACAAAACGGCCUGGGUCAAGACUUGCACAAUGGACGUUCUGAAGACUUUGCUGCCAUUUGUCGACACGCAUCGCGCGGAGUUUGCUGGUGUGGGUGCAGACCUCAUCUCGCCGUUGUUGAGACUGCUUCAAACUGAUUAUGCGCAAGCAGCACUCGAAGUGCUCGACAAGGCCAUUUCCAUUUCUGAUGGACCCAAAGACAGACAGGUUUUGCGCAUGAGUCUCGGCAAUCGAACAAUUCGCAAGGAGUAUGAAAAGACGGCGACGCUCUUUGGCAUACCCGACGACUCUGGUUGGGCUAUACCACUACCUGCUGUCACGGCUGCGCGGACGCGAACUAAUGUACAUGCAGUGUUUUACACUUGCUCGACUUCCGUGGCGUCUGACGAGUUGGGAGAUGCGGUACAGUUCCAUAUGGAUGACUAUGCCUAUCAUGCGCCAAGUCAAAGAAGCGAAACCAUGCUCUCUGUGGAUGGCGGCGAGUCAUCCUUAGGCGACAUGGUAUCGGCCUUGCACAGCCUGGAUGUCUUCUUCACGGAAGACAAUGACUUUGAACGGACACCGACAUCCGUGUCGGAUGCAGGAACAGAAGCAGCGCCUGCUGCAGUGUAUGACACCAGGGUUGCGGCCAUUCUCUCUCGGUCACUGAAUCGUACGCCAAGCACAGCAUCCUUGACGUCGCCCGGGUUUGACUUGUCGCCUCGCCAUGAGCGGCAACCUAUCUUUUCCUUCCCUCGCCACAGCAAGCCUGCUGUUACUUCGCCUCACAAGUCGCCAUUGCUGAGCAGAGUUGGCUCUGAUAGUGGCGAAGACGAGCCGUUGGUGAUCGGUGUGCCGCACCACGGACAAGCGCAAGAGACGAUUGACGAUGAUAAUGGCUCAGAGGCGAGUUUCAAGCUAGAUGGCAUGCUCAAGAAGAACCCUGGUAUGCGGUCGAGACUCUGGUCAUCGGACAAGGAAAAGAAGACUUCUUCCAAAAAGCAAAGCAAGAAAGAACCUGGUGGUAGUCCUGGAAGCGGUACACAUGCAAGCAACGGCAAUGCAGGAUAUGCGAAUGCCAGCUCCUCAAAGUUGAGAUUGGGCAGUCCCCCUUCGCAACAGCAGCAGCAGUUUUGGGCCAAGUAG